AUGAAGGUGGCAGUGGUCGGGGCUGGAUCGGGUCUAGUUUCGGCUUAUGUUCUAGCUAAAGCUGGAGUUGAGGUUGUAUUGUUUGAGAAAGAAGAUUAUUUAGGUGGCCAUUCCAAAACUGUUAACUUUGAUGGCUUUGAUUUGGAUCUUGGCUUCAUGGUCUUUAAUCGAGUAACGUAUCCAAAUUUGAUGGAGUUUUUUGAUGAGUUGGGUGUUGAAAUGGAAACAUCAAGCAUGUCCUUCUCAGUUAGUUUAGACAAAGGACAAGGUUGUGAAUGGGGUAGUCGAAAUGGCCUUUCAAGUGUUUUCGCUCAAAAGAAGAAUAUUCUAAAUCCAUAUUUCUGGCUAAUGAUUAGGGAGAUAAUAAAAUUUAAAGAUGAUGUUAUCAAUUAUCUUGAAGUUAUGAAAAAUAAUCCAGAUAUUGAUCGGGAUGAAACAUUGGGAACAUUUAUCAAGUCAAGGGGCUAUUCCCAAUUAUUUCAAAAGGCUUAUCUCGUUCCAAUGUGUUGUUCAAUUUGGUCCUGUCCUUCAGAACAAGUUCUCAACUUUUCAGCUUUCUUGGUUUUCUCCCUUUGUCGAAAUCAUUACGCACUUCAGUUAUUCAACUCUCCACAAUGGCUUACUGUUAAGGGGCGUUCACAUUCUUACAUUAAGAAGGUUCAAGAAGUAUUGAUGAGUCAAGGAUGUCGAAUAAGUACUUCUCAAAAAGUUUGUUCUAUCUCAACAACCGAUGAAGGGUGCAUUGUAAGAUGUGAAAAUGGAUUUGAAGAAAAUUAUGAUGCUUGUGUUAUAGCAACACAUUCUCCUGAUACUUUAAGAAUGUUAGGAAAUGAAGCAACAUAUGAAGAAGUGCAAGUACUUGGGGCUUUUCACUAUGUUUAUAGUGAUAUUUAUCUUCAUCAUGACAAAAAAUUCAUGCCCCUAAAUCCAACAGUAUGGGGUGCGUGGAACUUUCUUGGAAGUACAAACAAUAAAGUGUGUUUGACAUACUGGCUCAAUAUAAUCCAGAAUGUUGGUGAAAGGGAUCCUCCAUUUUUUGUAACUUUAAAUCCAGAGGAAGAGCCAAAAGAUGUACGGUUGAAGUGGUCAACUGGGCAUCCAGUCCCAUCAGUUGCAGCUUUGAAGGCUUUAAAUCAGCUUCAUACCAUUCAAGGAUAUAGAAGAAUUUGGUUUUGUGGAGCAUAUCAAGGUUAUGGCUUCCACGAAGAUGGAUUAAAGGCUGGUAUUAUGGCAGCUCAUAAUGUAUUGGGAAAAAGUUUUAAUCUUUUGAGCAACCCCAAACACAUGGUUCCUUCUUUGGUGGAAAGAACUGCACGUCUUCUUGUCACUAGAUUUUUUAGACAAUAUAUAUCUGCUGGAUCAUUAACUUUAAUGGAGGAAGGGGGCACUGUGUUCAACUUUGAGGGAAGAAGUAAAAAAUUUAUUGAUCUAAAGGUCUCUUUAAAAGUUCAUACUCCUCAAUUUUAUUGGAAGAUUAUGACACGAGCUGAUUUGGGUCUUGCUGAUGCAUAUAUUAAUAGAGAUUUUUCUGUUGUGGAUAAAGAUGAAGAUGUUCUCAAUCUUUUUAUGAUUCUCAUUGCCAGCAGAGAUACAAAUUCUUCCCUUGCAAAAUCAAGGAGGAAAAGGGGAUGGUGGACGCCUCCAUUAUUUACAGCCAGUUUUGCUUUUGCAAAGUCUUCAUUACAACAUGCUUUAAGGAACAACACUCCUACACAGGCUCGUACCAAUAUAUCUCGUCAUUAUGACUUGACAAAAGACGAAGAUCUCAAAGUUGCACAGUUGAGAAAAAUAUCUCUUCUUAUUGAAAAGGCAAGAAUUGACAAGAAGCAUCAUGUUCUAGAAAUUGGAUGCGGUUGGGGAAGCUUAGCUAUUGAAAUUGUGAAGCAAACUGGUUGUCAUUAUACUGGCAUUACUUUGUCUGAACAACAAUUAGAAUAUGCACAGAAGAAAGUAAAAGAUAUUGACCUUCAGGAUCAGAUCAAUUUUCUUCUUUGUGACUAUCGACAAUUAUCGAAAAUGAAGAAAUAUGAUAGGAUUAUAUCAUGUGAGAUGAUAGAAGCUGUUGGCUACAAGUUCAUGGAAGGCUUUUUGGUUCUUGUGAAUCAGUAUUAA